GGAAAAGUCGUUUAUCAUUUGUUUUGAAUGCGCACGGCGCCCACUUGUGUGUAUCCCACAGAGUUCGCUGUUCACGGUAGUUCUAAUUAGCAUUAAAAUAUGAAUCGCCGAGGGCGUUGAUAUACAUUUGUUUUCACGAUUUAUGCUGCUAUUGAUCAUGGCAACGACCGUCAAAUGUGCCGUGUAUGCGAGUCGCAUUUUGAAAGCCCAGGUUAAGUGUGUGAAAAUAGAAAGUGUCAGACACUAUCCUAGAUGGACUCACAGAAGACCUGCAUAUAUUGUUGAAAAUACUUGUUCUAAAGACGAGAAGGAACGAUGGAAACUUAAUGUAGAGAGAGAAAUUGUGAGGGAUUCUAGAAAACAAAAAGAUAAUUUAGAAAAUAACUUACUGUCACAGUCUUGUUCGUAUCAGGAAAAAGUAGAUCUGAGGAAUCAAGAUAGCAUAUCACAUACUCUUUUGAUGGAAAGUUUUGUAGGUGCACCUCUCAAAUCACACCAGAGUGAUUCAGAAUCCGCAACAUUUUCUGAGAAUGAAAAGUCUACGAAUCAAAAGCAAAUUUGUUCGGAAGAUAGUUCAAAACAAAGGAAAUUCAGUGGCUCAGUAAAUGACACCAGAAACUUUGAAGACUUUUCACUCAAAAGCCCAAAGGAAUCAGGGAAACAAAGACAACAGAAAAUACUAAAAAAGUUGAAAAUAUUUUCAGAGAAGGAGGUUGAAACAAUGUUGAAGAUGAGACAAUCUGCACAAAAGUUAGGAGUUCCUAUUUUCACUGAUUUAGGAACAGAUGACACAGUUUUAAGCCAGUACUUGACGAAUGUAAAAUCUAAAAAGAAAAGAGAGAAAAAACAUAAUAUCUUGUUGGAGGGAAAAAGAUUAAUUAGAGAUGCUGUGGAUGCUGGUGUUCUCCCGGAAGCAGUGUUUUUUUCAAGAUUAAAAGAUUUAAAAGAUCUUAAUCUUCCUCAUGAAGGAGUGAAAAUAUUCAAAAUAUCAUAUAAGAAAUUGAGUUUGUGGUCUGGUGUUGCUACUUCUCCGGGUGUAUUAGCAAUUUUGAAUACACCAAAUGUCAGCAAGAAAAGACCUGCAUCUUUGCCUCUGACAGUAAUUUGUGAUAAUGUUCGUGACCCUGGGAAUUUAGGAACAAUUCUUCGCAUUUGUGCAGGGGUAGGUUGCAGAAAGGUGGUAUUAACUAAAGUCAUGACAGGUUCAAUUGGUCUCUCUGAUGAUAAGUUGUUCCAUACACUAGAAAAUUCUGAUUACAAGGCAGGAAGGGAUAUAACAAAUUCAGAUAAAGAUUUUGUGCCAAGGAAUAAUGAGGAUGAAGCCAGCUGUGUGGAUUUGUGGGACCCCAAGGUUUUGAGAGCUGGUGCUGGUUCUCACUUUAGAUUGACAAUUACCCAAGCAGAAAAUUGGGAUGAUCUAAAUUUUGGAAUGGAUAAGAAUUCAUAUGUGUGUGUAGCUGAAAAUAAUAUUGUUCAUCACUCUUUGUGUCAGCAAGAAAGGCAAUCGAGCAGAGAUAGAGAAAUAGAAAGUGAUACAGAUGAAGAUGAUGAUGAUAUAAUGUUGAAAACAUCUGAAUGCAGCAACCAGGAUCCUGAAGUGAAUUAUGUCCCUAUUGUGCCAUAUUAUGCUUUAAAUUAUACCUCUCUUCCAUCAAUUGUAUUAAUUGUAGGAGGUGAGACUGAAGGGAUAUGCCGUGAAGCAUAUGAGUUUGUAUUCAAGAGAAGUGGGGUACGUGUACAUAUUCCAUUGAGUAACAAUGUAGAUAGUCUUAACUGUAGUACUGCUCUUAGUAUUAUUGCUUUUGAAAUGAAGAAACAAUUUCUUAUGAAGGGAAAUACAUCAGAUCCAGAAGUAAAAGAUCAUGCAGAUAAUUCUCAAAAUUCUAAAGCAUCUAUAAUGAACAUGUAAAGUUAUUAUCAUGUUUUAAUCCUCAACAAUGUUUUGUGGAAUGUGAGGGAACUUGAGUGUGAUUAAACAUCAUUCUUUCUGAGGCAAUUGUUCAGAAAACAAAAAGGAAGUUGUAGACAUGAAAAUUUUAGAGUGAAGAACCCUCUUAAACAAACUUUUCUCCUUUUCUGGAGCUAGUUCAUUAGUCAUUUUGUUGUGUAGAUUGUUUGCUGUUGAAAUAUGACCCCUAUUCUUUUCUUUCUGUAUACUUUUUUAACAUAUCCUGCCAAUUUGGGUUGACAGUAAAUAAGAUCACAAAUCUUUUUGGGAAGUAGACAAAAAGAGCGCAAUAUAAUACUAUUAUCUUUCAUUAACACCAAAGAGUAUUUAAUAAAUAAUUCUGUUACCAUUCAACCAUUAGAUCUGUUUAAUAAUCUUUCACUAUUUUAAUGUAAUAUUUAUUUGAAAUUUUCGAACUUGAAAUUCUUGUUUUUGUUAAUCUUUUACUCCUAUGUUUGCUUGUCCACCCGUGCAUAUCAACUUCGAAUUCACAGAGAUCCCUUUUUCUUUCCAAAUCAACAAUAUUCACGAAAUAAAGACAAAUUUAAUGCAAGUAAAUCAGAAGUACAGAAUUACAUUGUUUAUAAAUACAUAAAUAUUUUUAAAAAAAAUUCUUUACUAGUUUCACCUGUACAUAUUUUACUUGAUGUUACCACAUUGACUAUUAAGAGAUUAUAGGUUAGAGGAUUACCAUAGUGUUCCAAGAAAAAACAAUCUUCCAGUCAGUGAAUCCUUAUAAACUAAACUAAACUCAACUCUGUUCUUUCCAUCAUUAAUGAAGUUGUAACCCUCACCCCACCUGUAACUAGGGUCUUGGGAGAGGGCUUUCCCCACUCCCUCCACAUUUCCCCUCUUUCUAGUUCACCAGACCAGGAGCCUCCCUAUCAAGAACUUGCUGAGGUAGCCACGGCUCUUCUCAGCUACUUCCUCAGUUAUCACCUAGUCACCACUGUGAUCCAUGGCUCUUUAGUGAAAUUAUGGUUAAUGAUAGGAUAGUAAUUGAUUGAUGAAGCAUUCCGGUGGAAUGCAAAUUGGAAGGGAAAAGGGAGAGAAAACCUACUGCAAAGUUGCUUUGUCCACCACACUGGAAUGGAACUUUGAAACACCUGGAAUUGAAAGUGCCCACCAGCAGUGGAAGGCAUGGAUUCUGGCUUUAUUGCCACAGGCUAUACCAAGUACAACCGUAUGUUAAAUUAAAAAUAAAAUUGUUUGGAUGGUUUAAUUUUCAUUAAUAUGAGAAGGUUUCUAGUGAAAGUAUUUUGCACUUAAAUGAAACCCACUGAGUUAACAAAUAGCAAAAAAAAUAUUUUUUUUUUUUAUGCUAUAUGGCUUAAUAUUUAGAAGUCAAUGACAAACAUUCUUUCAAAAUUAAUGCCUUGUUAAUCAAGGAAAAAAUCAUCAAACAUCUAGACUUAGAAAAGAUUAUACCUGAGUGGAUGCUGAAAAUGUUUGAUGCAGGAAGGCAUAAAUGAAGAGAAAAGACAAGGUAUUGUUGAAAAUGAUUUGGUUGAAGGAUAUGUAGGUAUCCUAAUUAGGUUAUUCAGGUGUUGUGACUUUCCUGUGAAGAAGAUCAAAUUACAUUCAAUACUCAGUGUUUUCAGUGCUAAUCAGAAAACUGUCUGAAUCCACUCUGCCACUGAGUAAGUUCACUAUAGGUACAGAAAAUAUUUGAAAUGUAGUACUUUUUACAUUACAUUAAGUUUCAUGAUCCCAAUUAACAAAUUCAUUUGUUGAACUGUUAGAGUGUAUAAGUAUGUUGGCUAUUGUGUAUAAUAAAUGAAUUAUGAAUUCUCUUAUAUAAUUUUAGAAAGAGUUGUUUUUUAAUUACCAUACAAAUUUUACUACAAAGAAAAGAGCAGAAUGUGAUUAAUGGUAUCAAAUGAAUAUUGCAUCAUUCCAUGUCAAUUUGUACAAAGCAUGCAGAGCAUAACUAAUUUAUAUUUUCCCACAUUUGUGUGUUUUUCCCUGUUCAAAGUUUCAUGGAUAUCUGUGAAUUUAUUUGGCAGAAAAUCUAUAUCAAUGGACAUGGAAUGACCCUAAAACAAAUAGUUUUAAUUUGUAAUGUUGAAGCAUUGCUUUUGGUGGUGCAUUACACAAUUCCCCAUCAGAUUUGGUGCUCCAAUUGGAGUGAAAAAAUAUUGAUAUUCGAGUUUUCUCAACAAACAAUAGAAGCAGAGAUUCUCCUGUAGAACAAAUUUUUAAAAGUAGAAAAGGGAUUGAAUGUAAUCAUCUUUUCCUUAGAGAUAGAGUUGAAUGAAUGAUGAAAUUUCUUUAGAGAUAUCAUUCAGUAAAUAAGUCAUAUACAUGACCACUAGUUACAGUGAAUGCACUAAAUAAGAAGUGAACUGUGUCUCAGUAAGAGUUAACUUGUGUUGGACCUAUAAGAUGCAAGAAGAGCAUUAUCUUUUUGCAUAUUAACAACAAGCAUUGAAAUACUUGUAUUUUUUGGUAAAUGAGAGAUGUUGCAGGAGUGUUGUGUCAAGGGCAGUUCUUUUUAACAGGAACAACACAGAGAGUGCUUUUGUUGCACAAAUGUUAAAGAUUACAAAAGCAUUUCGUGCAGUAAGAAUCCAAAGAGAAGGGAAAUACAAUGAUCCAUGCAUCUUUACACCAUAAGAAUGACCAUUUUCUUGUGGUUAUAUUUUAACUACACAUGUGCUCUAAAGUUUCUAAUUAUUUUUUGGUGUAAUUAAUUGGAACUAGAGUCAGUAAGCGCUGAAACUAAUUAAUUUUUGAUUUGUUUCAAAACAAGGGUUUAAGCAAAUGCAUAUGAGUAUUUUGAGGUGAUUUCACUCCAAAAUGCUUUGUAAUGACUGGACAAACCCUUUUAAAAAUCAACUAAUUGGUUCUAUUGGUAGUGAUAAAUGGCAUAGUGAAAAUUUGCAGAGUAGAAACUGAUUUUUUUAAAUUCUAGGUAGUUUAUAAACAACAAGGUAAUUUUUUUAUUCAAGGUAGUUGAAAAUGGUGGAUUAUAAAUUUAUCAACACCUCUCUAUGUUGAGGGUUUUUUGUUAUUUUUUUUACCAAAAAAAUGUAUUAGAACAGUUGUACAUUAUUCACUGUGUUUUGUCACAGAUGCAAUUCAGUACAAUGUACACCAAUCCUGUGCAAAUGGAAAUAAUUUUUGGAAGGUGAUUGUAUCUUGAUAAAAAGAACAAAAUAAUGUUCUCAUUGUCAGUGUCACCUAUAUUGGAAUAAAAAAAGUGCAAAUUGCUCACAAUGUUGUGUCAUUUAAAGUCUUGAGAAAUUGUGAAAAUUCUGUGUUCACGUGUACGUUUUGACAGUUUUGUGAUGUACGUAUGGUAUUGUAACGUACUUUAUUUAUUUCGUAGUGUAAUCUGCGUAAUUUUUCUGUGUACAUAUUUUUAUCUUUUCAAGGAUUUUUACGAAAACACUUUGUUCAUCACAGUAUGUGUAGAAGG